AUGAGCGAGACAAGCCCAGCACCGCCCCUAUCUCAAGGGGUUGGAUACGGAGUGGUCAUUGGGUUAGGGGUUGCCUUUGCAAUAGGCAUGGUGCUCACAACAAGGGCAUUGAAGAAAGUAUUUGGAGAAGACAGUCAUACAACUGAGACUUUCAUGGUCGCGAACAGAAAAGUUGGGACAGGAUUGACAGCAUCGGCGGUGAUAUCUUCAUGGACCUUCACAUCGGCGCUUCUAGGAGCUCCCUACCUUACCUACUGGCAUGGAGUCGCUCUACCAAUCUGGUGGGCAAACGGCCAGAGCGUCAUGAUCUGCUGUUUUGCCUUUCUUGCAAUCCAAGCCAAACUCAAGGCGCCAAACGCGCAUACCCUGCUUGAGCUUAUUCGUGUACGGUAUGGCGCCGCAGUGCAUAUCUUGUGGAUCGCGAUGGCACUCAUCAACAAUAUCUUCAACUUUACAUCGAUGCUGGUAGGCGCAUCGACAGCAGUCUCUGCGCUGACUGGUAUUAACGUAUAUACCUGCACCUACCUCCUACCACUCGGCGUCGUCGUGUAUACGUACUGGGGCGGACUCAGAGCAACGUUUCUGACCGACUACAUCCAUACGUUUAUCAUCAUGAUUGUGUUGGUAUGGUUCAGCCUGAAGGUCAUCGUGGCCGCAGAGAUUGGCUCAAUUACUGCACUUUAUGAUCUGGUCAAGUCUCUUCCGCAGGAAGGGACAGUCGAUGGUAACCACGCUGGGUCAUAUCUCUCCAUGACGAGCAACGAGUCUCUUUUCUUUGGAAUCAUCCACAUAGUGACCAAUUUUGGAAUUGUAUUUAUGGAUACGGGAUUCUGGCAGAAGGGGUUCUCCGCAGAUAUUGCCGCCGCGGUGCCUGGGUAUAUUAUCGGCGGCAAUGCCUACUUCGCAAUACCCUUCACAUUUGGGACGGUUGUUGGGCUUGGAGCCCUUGCCUUGGAACAGACUCCAAUAUGGCCGACUUAUCCUCGUAGGAUGACCCAGGCAGAGGUCUCUGGGGGUUUAGUCUUGCCCUACACAGCAUCAGCUGUCGCUGGAAAAGGAGGUGCCGCUGCAAUCCUCUUGAUUUUAUUUAUGGCGUGUACAAGUGUCGCAUCUGCACAGCUCAUCGCUGUCAGCUCGAUAGUCUCAUUUGACAUCUACGGAGGGUACUUCAACAAGAAGCCCACCGACCGAGAGCUGAUCCGCUGGUCGCAUGUCGGGGUCGUCGGAAGUGCGCUCUUCGUUUCCACCUUUGCAACUGUCCUUCAUAAGGGUGGUGUGGAUCUCAACUGGCUGAUUUAUAUGAUUGGAAUCGUCAUCUGCCCCGGAACCUUCCCGACCUGCUUUGCGCUGCUCUGGAGGAAACAGUCAAGAAUUGCAGCCUUUGUAUCCCCUGUUGCUGGAAUGGCUGCUGGGUUCGCUGUCUGGUUUGGCACCGCGUAUAAACUGUAUGGUGAAAUCAGCAUCACGACGACGGGAAAGACAUUGCCCUGCAUGUACGCCUGUCUCACCUCGAUGUUCGUACCGCUUCCAGUAGCAGUGUCGUUGUCAUACCUACAACCAGCAAAAUUCAACUGGGAUGAGUUUCUGAGGAUCGAAAGAAUCAGCGACACUGACGCCGCAGAGACGCGAUUUGACCGCAACGCUUAUUUCAGUCCGGAGCGCGUCAAGUAUAUGAGGCGGAUGUCGAGAAUCGCCGCCAUCUGGGCCAUUGCAACAUUCCUUGGUCAGGUUGUCCUCUGGCCACUGCCCAUGUACGGCGCAAAGACGGUGAUGUCCAAGGGGCUGUUUGUUGCGUGGGUGGCGGUGGGACUGGUCUGGCUGUUCAUCACGCUGCUGGUGGCCAAUUUCUAUCCUCUGGUGGACGGUGGGCUGCAGCAGAUUUGGGAGGUCAUUGCAGCAGUCAAAAAGUCGCGAAAGUCUGCAGGAGACGAGUCGGCAGAGGUGAUUCAAGUGGAUGUGCAGAAGACGUCGUGA